CCGAGCGCGGCCGCCGCCAGUCGCCGGCGCGUCCGGGGGGCACAAAGGCCGCAGCAUGGUCCUGGUGCACGUCGGAUACCUGGUGCUGCCCGUCUUCGGCUCCGUGCGCAACAGAGGUGCUCCCUUUCAAAGGUCUCAGCAUCCCCAUGCUACCUCCUGCCGGCACUUCCACCUGGGUCCCCAGCCUCAGCUCUCGGCCGACUUCGCCCUGCCUCACGCGGUGCAGUCGCAGCCGGGGCUGGCUCCCCACAUGGCCCCCGCGCACCAGCACAGCGGCGCCCUGCACCAGCCCCUGCCGCCCGUGCCCGCCCUGCCCUUCCAAGACGUGGCCGGGCCCUCCUUCCUACCUCAGGCGCUUCACCAGCAAUACCUCCUCCAGCAGCAGCUCCUCGAGGCGCAGCACCGCCGGCUCAUGCCCCAUCCCAGGCGGGCCCAAGAGCGCAUGUCUGUCCAGCCUCACCGCCUACACCCCAGCUUCGACUUCAGCCACCAACUGCAGACUCCACAACCCAUGGGCCCCCAGCCCAGGUAUCUGGCAGAGGGCACGGACUGGGACCUCAGCGUGGACGCGGGGCUGACCCACGCCCAGUUCCAGGUCCGGCCGGUGCCCCAGCCCUAUCAGCAUUACUUGGCCACUCCUCGGGUGCACCACUUCCCCAGAAGCACAUCCUCAACCCAGGUGGUUGUUCAUGAAAUCAGAAAUUACCCUUACCCUCAGCUUCAGCUGCUUGCUCUUCAGGGACUGAACCCAAGCAGGCACACAUCCGCUGUGCGGGAGAGCUAUGAAGAGCUGCUGCAGCUGGAGGACAGGCUGGGCAGUGUGAGCCGGGGCGCCGUCCAGAACACCAUCGAGAGAUUCACCUUCCCCCACAAGUACAAGAAGAGAAGACCACAGGAAGGCAAAGCUGAGCAAGACGAUGGCGAGGAGUCAGAUACCGACGAGAAAUGCACAAUCUGUCUGUCCAUGCUUGAAGACGGAGAGGAUGUCAGGCGGUUGCCCUGUAUGCAUCUCUUUCACCAAGUGUGCGUGGACCAGUGGCUGGCCACCAGCAAGAAGUGCCCGAUCUGCAGGGUGGACAUUGAAACACAGCUCGGCUCGGACAGCUGAAAAGACUGGCUGGACACACCAUUUUCCUUACCAGGUCGUAUGGCCAUAAACCCUUGCAGCGAAAUUUUUUGCCUUCUGAGCCAUUUGAUUGAGAGGGGAAGUCUGCAGGCAUGGUAGUGAGGAGAAGGAGGAGGUGAUACAAUAUCUAGCAGUAGGAGAUGUUGCACAUAUAUGCAGGAUACAGGCCCAGUGAAAGGGAGCUGGCAUUCCCGGAGCUCAGAGACCCCGUGCUGCAGAAGAUUUUAGUGUUGAAUAUGAAGGAACUAGUUGUGGUUAGUCCGGCCUGUCAAUCCUGCUUUUCAUGGGGAUUGUAUAUAUACCUCUCAAAUAUGUAGAAACAUGUUAGGGGUCCUUUAGCUAUUUCUAUGGAUGGCAGCUGGAGCAUGUUAGCUUAAGAAAUGUUGUGUUUGAUGCCCUACUCAUCUUGUGGUGGACAUGUUGCUGUUACCUAAUUUGCACCAAAUAUUUUUUCAUAGAUUCCUUAUUUUGGUGCCUGAUUAAUACAUUGCAGAGGGGGAAUAAAGAGGUCAAACAUCCCCAUCCUCGGGGUGGGGGAAAGAGGAGAAAAAGCAAAUCCUGUUUACAGUCAGAAGGGUUUGUGCUCUUUGCCUCAGCCGCGUGUGCUUCUUUCCCUUGCAUUUACAGUGUGUUGCAAAUUUAGAGAAGCUUAAUAAAAAUAAAAAUUGGGGAUAAAAUGAACGAAGCAAUAGGGAAAAGCUUCGUUCCUGCUUGUCUGCUGGUGCUGGACACUUUCUGUAGCGGCACAGUAUUUGAGUAGAUGCUGUUUCUUUGCUUUCUGUAUUUUAACAAAGUAGCUUGUCAUAUCAAAAUCCAAGGAAGUUCUGUCUACAUGAUUGCAAUUGUCCGUGAUGCUUUCUUCUGUGAGCUGUGUGGCGUGUUGGCUUCGCCAGCACUGCUCCAAAGUGAUGGUUACGCGAGCUGGCGCCUUCCGCUGUUCUUUGGGGCAUGACAACGCCAGAGAGGUGCCAAGAGGUGCAAAACGUUGACUCUCCUCCCAUUGCCAAAGCAUCUCUUAAUAAGGGGACAGAAGAGAACUCGAUGCUCACAAGAGACUGCUCAGACCAUGAACCCUUGGUCAUGGCAGGGGAAGGCAGGGUGGAGGUGGGGCUGCCACUUUUGGGAGCCGUGUCCCGCCCCAAAGCGUGUGUGCCUGCGCCCACACGGGCUUGUGUGCAUGUUUCAGGCCGUACCCACACGGAGUAAUCAGUGGCUGUUAAAAUGAAACUUAAUCACAUUAACACUCAAAACAGAAUUAAGAGGUAAUACCCAAAGGAGUGAGCUGUUGCAAUCCAUGCUCCCUCUAAAAAAAAAAAAAAAAGACCUCAGUACGCCGACCGCAGGGAUCAGGCGGAAAACCCUCGGGAAAACCAACAUUCAUAACCAAAACCUGUAGUUUUCUUUUUGUUUCUUUUUUUUUUUCUUUCAUACUAAGGGAGAAAGGAGCUGCAGAGAGGCAGCAGGGGAAUUAGAAACAUAAUCUAUUGAAAAUUCUGGUGUGGUGGGAAUGAUUUCUGUCUCCCCUGAGCAUAUGUUUCACUGGAGAGAAAUGCUCUCCCAAGUAGAUUCAGUCAUAAACCCUCAUCUGAGAAACUGCAAGAUUCUCAUGAGCUGUAACUGGAAAACACCAACCUCAGAGGCACACAGAGAUUUCUUUUUUUCUCCCGGUGAGAGAGGAGAGAGAAGAAGGGAAGCCCUACGUGAGGAUGCAGGAGCCUUUCUCAUUGUGUGCCAAAGCAGGUGGGAGGGAGUGGAAGGAGACAAAUGGUGACAUAAGGGAAGAUGUAUAAGGCAGAAGUUCUUGGCUGUAAGGGUGGGGACGCCCUGGCACAGGUUGUCCAGAGAACCCUGGAAGUGCUUAAGGCCAGGCAGGAUGGUGUCUGGAGUGACCUGGUCUAGUGGAAGGUGUCCCUGCCCAUGGUAGGGGGUUUGGAACAAGAUGAGCUUUGAGGUCCCUCCCAACCCAAGCCGUUCCAUGACUUUAUGGCACAUUUGCCACCCAGCACAAGUGACGGCUUCUUGGGGAAUGUGGUGGUCCCAGCCCUGAUGUCCAUGGGUCAAGGAGUGGCCCAUGGAUACCUAUGGGUCUUGCUCCACCAGCAUUGAAGCAGCAUUACAAAUAAUACUAAUAAUACUAAUAUCAUGACAAGCAAAGCGAGGUUUUGGUGGUAAAAUACUCUGCGCAGGUUUGGUCUGCCCAGGUGUGACCUGUGGGGGAGAGGCAGGGAGAGCAACAGGGGGAUUGAUACCUCCACUCGGUGGGGAGGGAAUGAGGAACACUUCUGGACCCUGUGUUUUCUUUUAAAGCCUAUGAGAAAGUGUUACUAUUUGCCUAAUAAACAAGCACAGUUUUUAAAAAAAAAUUAAAAAUUGAUCAAACUGAAAAAAAAAAAAACAACCAAAACCAACCAAACAAAAAGCAAGCAAACCUUUGAUGAAGAAAAGCACCAAACUCCCAUGGUCUCGUGUGAGUGACUGAUCCCAAGGUGCGUGCGAAUUUACAGUGUCUGGAGUUGUAUCAGUGUGUCAGGUUCCUUUGCGUUUAAAUAAUUUGUACAAGUAGGUUGCGAGUUAGGAUUGUGAGUUUAAAAACAAAACAAAACAAACAACAACAACAACAACAACAAAAUCUAGAAAUAAAACAUCAAUAGUUUACAGGGUUUUGUGAGUUUAAAUGCCUUAUAUUUAACAAUCAUAAUUUAUGACUAACUUGUAGAUAUUGUGGGUUCUAAUUUAAUUAUUUUUAUAGUUGUUUUUUUGCAUUUUUAAUUAUAAUUUAUUUAUUUAGAAAUUACUACUAAUUUUUUUUAUUACUCCUAUUACCUCAUUUUUGCAUUGUUUCUGGGAAUGGAAUGCUUUGCAUGCAUCGGUACUUAAAAUAAAAUUAAACAGGGGAUGUGGGGGGUAAUGCUUAUCUUGUCAAAAACAGAAAAAAAAAAAAAAAGAAAAAAAUCAGGGUGUGUGAUUACAAACUGUAUUACUGUGGUGCUGUUACCUUGGAUACAUUCCAUAAAAAUGCAAACCUUUGAUUCUGUAUGCUGUGACAUAGUGGAAAACUGCAAUAUAGUGACUGUGUUUAGCACAUAUAUAUGAAUAUUAUUUGCACUCAUAAUCAAACUCUGGUGAUCCUUUCACUUGUGUCCUUGCGCAUUGAAGGCGUUUAACGACGCUCUGCAUAAACCAAAACUUUUUGGUUGUUUCUUGGUACUGCCCUGUCCCUGAUGCCUCUGGUGAUGCUGCUGCUGCUGCUGCUGCUGCUGCUUGUGUGACCCUGCAAUAACACCCAGCAGGCCCCCACUGCAAGGGGCAAUGCAUGCCUUUAGUGCAAGAUUGUGUCAAAAGCCCAGGGAGGAAGCCCAGGUUUGGUGGCUCUGUAAUUUUUGGCGUCUAUCAGUGCUUGGUUUGGCUCUUUUCCCCCUCUGUGUGUGCACCCAGCUGGGGUGAAGGAGGCAAUAGGGUGAGCCUAAGCUUGGAGGCAACAGAACUGAGGGAUUCAAUGCAGUUUUUAGGGGUUGACUUCUUUACUCAGAGGCUAGGAAGACCCUGGCACAGGUUUCCCAGAGAAGCUGUGGCUGCCCCAUACCUGGAAGCGUCCAUGCCCAGGUUGGAUGGGGCUUGGAGCAGCCUGGGAUAGUGGAAGGUGUCCCUGCCCAUGGCAGGGGGUGGAAUAAGAUGAGCUUUAGGGUCCCUUCCAGCCCAAACAAUUCUGUGAUCCUGUGACACCACGUCUAGCUGAGAGCGAUUGGGAUGGACACGGGAUCCGUCUGCCAUCUCCUUGCAGCGCCUGCCAUGGGCACUGGCUGUAACCCCCAGCUCUGACACAUGCAUGGGGCAGAAGCACUUAACACUGAUCUUGACCAGUUGGCUUUACCCCUCCUGUACAGGAGGGAACCUCAAUUUGGAACUUUUUAAUCCAGUGUAGAGCUGGGACCUGCCCCUGAGCCCUCCUGCCCCCAAGAAGGGGGUCAGCCCCAAAAUGACAUGGCCAAGCAUCCCCAUCCUGCUGUGGCUACGCCACUCUUGCAAUGCAUUGCCCUUUCCCCAAAGGCUCCUGAAAUAUCACGAGUUCCAGCUUUGCCAGAAGGUUAGAGAACCUUUGAUAACAUUUUAAGCUUUAAGCCAUAACCAUGCUUGGUCAGUGCAGACAUUUAGCCUUAGUGUACAGGCAGAAGUGGGGUUUGAUGCAUGUGCUCAGCCAGUAGCCAUCCUCCCCACAAAAAGGCUUUGGAUGAAAUUCUCAGUUGGGUUAGAAAGGCACAAAAUCACAGUACCUUAAUUCUUUUCUCUCUGUCCCUUCAGGGUGCUGCGCUGCUUUGUUGACUUUGCCUUACCCCAGGUUUUAAACCUGUCUGUGUUUUUUACCUUGCUGCUCUGUAACACUCCUCCCCUGUAGCCUGGAGCUGUGAUUUUGAGCUGUGUGGGGACUGGGGGACUGGGGGGCUGGCUGUCCUCCCCCCCAAAGUCACUGUAAGAGGGAUAAGCAAAACAAGGAGCGAGUAAACAAAACCCCCUCUCCUUUAAUGACCCGGGCAGGUGAAAGGAUCACCCACAUUUUUGUAUUCCUACUGCUGUUCUGUUGUGCUGUGCAACAUUUUGCUACAUAGACUAUUUUAUAGAAGAAAGCUAGAAAAAUAUUUAUUAUUAAUAUUAAAGCAAUAGUGCAUUGAAGAAAUGGAAAGACAUUAGAAAUUGUGUAAAUGCUUAGAUUCACUUUUGGUGGACUUUUUGUACUUUAUUUAUAACUAAUAAAACAAACCGCAUUGCUAACUAUAAA